AUGGUACCGCUACGGCUCCGUGUCGACCAGUCCGUCGUCUGGAAGAAAGCGGCCCCAUCAUCAUCGACCAGACUGUGCAGGCCCAUCAGCAUCAAGUAUGCCCGCGAAACCCCGGAGCUGUCGCGAGCAGAAAGGCGACUGCUGACCGGGCGUGAGUGGGGGCUGGAAGAGCGCCAGCUGCGCAUCGUCGCCUCCGGCUACAUCCGCGGCGCACUGGAACACGCCGCCGCCGCCUGGCUCCCAGCAGCGUCACCGUCCCAUGUCAUGCUGCUGGAGAGGGAGAUGCGCGAGGCCGCCAGAGUGGUAACCGGCUGCUCCCGGUCCACUCCGGCACACGCCGUAAUGGCGGAGGCGGGCCUCGCCCCGGUGGCCGAGCGACGCACGGCCCUGGCGGCGCGCCUACUGGCCAAGGCGCGCGCCCUCCCGGCUGGAGACCCGCUGCGGAAGGUGGCGGAGAGCCAGGCCCCCAUCCGCCUCAGCACCGUGACGGGGUGGAGAGGAGUGGGCGAGGAGACAUGGAGAGCGGCGGGCAUCUGCCCUCCGAUCGAGCCCAUCCUCCCCCUGCCGGAUCCACCGUGGGAACCGUCACCAACGGUUUCUUUCGGUUUAGACAUCGGAGCCGCCAUCCCAACCGCGGCUAGUGACACCUGGAAGAGGAAUGCGGCAUUCCAGCACCUGGCGGCGCUCCCGCAGUGCGCCACCUGGGUGUGGACCGACGGCUCGGCCACCGACGGCGUCCUGAACGGUGGCGCCGGAGCUCUGAUCGUGUGGCUUGACGGAGAGGAACGCUCGGUCCGCGCCCCGGCGGGCCGCCUUUACUCAAGCUUCCGGGCUGAAACGGUCACCCUCCAGGCCGCCCUCUCGUUCCUACUGGGGAACCCUCUUCACGCCGAUGAACCCGUAGUGAUCUGCACGGACUCACAGUCCGCCCUCGCCGCACUCCGAGAGGGCCCGGCCGCCCAGCACUCCCCGCUGGGAGGGGCCAUCUGGAGAGCCCUCCGGGGCCUGACGGCGGGAGGCCGGCAGAUCCACCUGCAAUGGGUGCCCUCGCACUGCGGACUGGAGAGGAAUGAGAGAGCGGACUCGAUCGCCAAGGAGGCCAGCAAUCUCGCCCAGGACCAAGUCCCCAUCGACGUCCAGACGGCCCACCGGGCCGCCGCCAGAGAGGCGGACACCCCCCAGCAUGUCCUCCUGCGCUGCCCGGUCCUGAUGGCCACCCGACACCGACUGCUGGGAUCCAUCAACCCCGACCUGGAAGAGGUGCGGAGCGGCGCCAUCGUGGCGGCCCUGGGGGCCGCCCACAGGUCCCUACAGAGCCUGACGGCUACGUCUCAGCUGUGA